CCCCAGAUGUUAACCCCUUCCUGCCCAGUGCCAUUAGUACAGUGUCGGUGCUUUUUAUUAGCACUGAUCACUGUAUUAGUGUCACUGGGGAUGUCAGUGGCAGUUAGUCAGUUUCCACCCACCAGUGUCAGAAUGCCCACCUCAGCCCCGGAAUAAGUUGCUGAUCGCCGCCAUUACUAGUAUUAAAAAAACAAAUUCCAGUAUCUAUACCGCCAUUUGUAAACGCUAUAACUUUUACAUAAACCAAUUAAUUUACACGUAUUGGGAUUUUUUUUAGUAAAGACGGAGCAGAAUACA